GUUUGACAUUUGUGUAAUAUGUUGUGAUUUGUGAAUUUGUGGUUACUGAUGGAAAAGAAAAUAAAUUCGAAUCGAAUACGUGUGAAAUUUCGAAAUUUGUUACAUGUUAUUUAAAAUUUUUCAACAUAACGCAAAAAUGUGUUUGUGAUUCGUAAGCACAUUCGCCAAAUAAAAUUGCUCAACAAUGAAAAGCUGAAGACACUUUUCAUGGAUAGUAGUUUAGUGAAACCACUGUACCCUGUACCAUCUGCGAUCUGCAUUUACCACAAGCAAUAAGCAAAAAUGGAAGAAACUGUUAUGUUAAUAGCAUUAGUUUUAGUUAUGCUGAUUGGGUCCUUUUUAGCAGGAUCCAUACCUUUAUUCUUCACAUUCUCGGAGGAUAAACUGAAAAAAAUAUCAGUUUUUGGAGCUGGCCUCUUGGUGGGUACUGCUCUUACAGUCAUAAUCCCAGAAGGUGUGAGAGCACUGAUACCUGAAGAAGGACAUCACCAUGCUCAUAAUGGAUCAGAUACUCAUGAGCACAGUGACCCAUUGUCUGCUAUAGGACUUAGUUUGGUUCUUGGAUUCAUUUUCAUGCUUCUAGUUGAUCAGAUCUCUCAAAGCAGAAAUGAACAUCUGAAUCCAUCAGACAGAAACAUUACUGCCACUGUAGGUUUGGUGGUUCAUGCAGCUGCAGAUGGUGUUGCUCUAGGAGCUGCUGCUACAACCAGUCAUGCAGAUGUAGAAAUGAUUGUGUUCUUGGCUAUAAUGCUGCACAAAGCACCAGCAGCAUUUGGUUUAGUCACAUUCCUCCUACAUGAUGGGAUAGAUAGGCAGAGGAUCAGGAAACAUCUCUUGAUUUUCUCCCUUUCUGCCCCUGUUAUGACUUGUGUGACCUACUUUGGCAUUGGACAAAAAGAGAAAGAAACUUUAAGUUCUUUAAAUGCCACAGGUAUAGCUAUGCUGUUUUCUGCCGGUACAUUCCUCUAUGUCGCUACUGUUCAUGUAUUAGCAGAUAUAACCCAAGGAUCACACACUCACAAUUAUGAUGCCCUUCCCCAAAUCGAGUCUGCCAAACAAAAUUCAGCCAGUUCUAGACUGAAAACCAUUGAACUACUUUUUCUAGUCAUGGGCUGUCUAUGCCCACUCUUUCUGUCAGCAGGACACCAUCAUUGAGUUCCUCAUAAUAUAUAACAAUUUAUUUAUUUUAUUUCAAUGUGAAAUAUAUAGAUUUUAUAGAUAUUAUAUACAUAUAUGUAUAUUUAUGUAAAUUAGGUAUUCUCAUUUUAUACUAUUCCUAGGCUGUAAAUUUUAUAUUUGACUGAAUAUUUUUUGUUUGAGAUUGAUUAUGAAUAAAAUGAAUACAAC